AUGAGGAGAAUAGAUAGUUUAAAAAUUUUAUUUAUUUAUUUAUUUAUAAUAUUUCUAAAUGGAUUGAUUGGAGAAACUUAUGCUAGAGAUUUUGCAGAUAGAUUAUCAUUGAAUCCUGUAAUGGGAGUACAUAAAAUCGAUGAGAAUCUAACAGUAACUAUAUCAUAUCCAGAUGGACAGACAGAACCAAAUCUUUUGGGUAUAAAUAUUCCAAUUGGAGCAGCUGCAACAGACAACACAGCCAUUUCAAAAUUCUUUUCUGGAAAUUCAAUGAUGGGUUUAAUUGCUCAUUACAAUUGUCCAGAAGAUAAAGAAUCUUGUGUAAAUUUUAAUUUUACAGGGAAAACAGAAAAUAGAUGUUUAAUUAUAGCAUCAGUUGAUGGAUUUGAUUAUGUAACACUUAAUGGUACAUAUGGAUCGGAAACAUUGACCAUUGAUAAAUGGCAAAAGAUUGGAAAUGGAUCAUUUUCAAAUACGUUUGCACCUGGUCCUAAAAUCGAAGUUCAUAAUGUAUCCAAUACGCAGAUUGGGUUGGGAUGUAUGAUCAACGCAUCGACAAAUGUCAACUAUGUGGUUUAUCGACCAUCGGCACCUUUGGAUUUUAUGCAAAUAUGUUAUCAGGCGCUUAGCAAAGCGUCCGAGUAUGUAUUCUAUGGACACGUAGAUUGUGGAAGCGAAUUUAUCCAGACACAGGCACCUAUUCGUGACGUGUUUGUCAUCACUGGUUAUGCAUUUAUCGACCGUGGAAAGAAGGGAGUCUACAGCCCGUCCUAUCCACCAAUCCCAGGCAUCACGGUCAGUUUAUUCAACCCCCUCGGGGUACAGGUUACGGACAACCAUCAAAAAAUUGUCGAACCCACCUAUACCGACAGUUUGGGUUACUACUUUUUUGACAAUCUCAUCAGAGGUGCCUAUAUCGUCCAAUUUGAGUUCCCAGAGGAUACCAUGUUUACCAAACGUGACCCAAGUCAAGCCAAGCCACUUACAAGCAAGGUCAACUCGCUGGGAAAGGCCGGUCCACUUGGUUUGGCAACCACCAUUGGUGGAGUGCGCGCCAAGAAGCCCGCCGAAGCAUCUUUGCGUGGUGAUUAUGUCCUCCCAUGGAUCAAUGCUGGUAUAUUGGUCACAUUUUAUGGUGAUGUCAACGGAACCAUUUUCAGAGACUACAAUGGAAAUGGUAUUAUGGAGACGGUCGACACUGGUUAUAAUUCGGUCGAUCCUCCCAUGGCAGGUAUCACGGUUGCAUUGAUAUCCACAGAAGAUGGUCGUGUCGUAGGUACUACAGUUACCGAUGCCAAUGGAUCCUAUGAAUUCAAAAACGUUACUGAAGCACCAUACACUAUCAAGGUGAUUGAUGCUCCUCUCGGAUGGUACUAUUCAAAUGCACCACUCUCGCCAUCGACCACUUUUAUCAAUGCCGCCGGUCCAUCACCACAGCCUGGUGCAAUCGACACUUCAAUCAACUUUGGAUUGAAUGACGAUGACCAUUUCUGCCAGGCUACACCUAGAGCUGCCUUGGUAUGCUAUGCCAAGGAAGACUUUAACGGACCAAAUGCAGACGACCCCGUCCUCAUUUCGUUCCCCAUCAACAGUAAACCAAAUCUCUACACUGCCAACGUUGGAAAUGAUGUCUGGCAUCUUGCCAACCACUCUGAGAUUGGGUCUGUCUAUGGUGUCGGUUAUCACAGAGCUUCGGGCGAUAUCUUUACAUCGUCAUUUAUGAAAUACUUUUCUGGUUUUGGUCCAAAGGGAACCGGUGCCAUUUAUCGUACGUCGCCUGGUAAUGGUCGUGACAUUCUACCAACGACCGCUCUCUUUUUUGAUGUCAAUGCAGAAAAAGGUGCAGACUAUGCCGGUGCCAAUCCACAUCUUGUCCCCAUUCCAACCUAUGAUGAGGGUUAUAGUGACAUUUUUAAGAUCUCCUAUGGUGAUUUGGAUAUUGAUGGUGAUACCAUGUAUGCAGUACUUCUCAGUACCAAAGAACUCUUGACCAUAUCAGUCUCGUCGCCAUCCAACUAUUCUCUCUCGCCCAUCUUUAAUCCAUGUGGAAACGAUUCAGCUGAUUGGCGUCCAUUUGGACUUGGUAUUGAUUCACAUCACCAACUAUACAUUGGUGGCGUAUGCUCGCAAGAGACGUCCUCCUCGGGUACUCCACCCAUCGGAUACAUCAUUGCAAAUGACCAGGUAUUCCUACAGGUUCCACUCGAUUUCCCACGUGCCUGUAAACUAUUUGGCAAUGGUUUCUGUAUCGAUGGAAACUAUGCUCCGUGGUCCGAUGUCUUUUUCGAAAACCAACCAGAGAUUUCAGACAUUGCGUUUGACGGUGACAAUGCCUUUAUCGUAUCGAUCAGAGAUCGUGGAGGUGACCAAGAUCUCGAGAUUGGAACAUCGGACAUUCUCCGUGUCUGUCGUCUGGACAGCAACAGCCCUUGGCUCAUUGAAAACAACGGUACUUGUGGUGGAUCCGUUGGUGCCCAUCCCUUCCCAGCCGGUUACAUUGGUCGUGACGAUGGACCUGGUGGAGGAGAGUUUUACGACGACAACUUUUUCUUCCCAAUCGAUCGUACCGGACAUGACAAUGUAGCUUCGACCGCUGGUUUUGUCAUCCCAGGUUACUCGACGUUCUUUGCCAGUUCGUUGGAUAUCGAUACGGUUGGACAGGGUGCAGUCAAGGUAUGGAGCAAUAUCAACGGUACUCGUAUCGGUGGUUACGGUGUCUAUGUUCCAGAGUCGAAAAAUUCCAACUUUGGAAAGGCUGGUGGUCUUGGUGAUAUUGAAGUUAUGUGUAUUCCCAUUACCAGUGUAUUAAAUCAUCCAGUUGAAAGAGAUAAUAGUAGUGAUAGUAAUGGUAGUCAAUCUGGUUCAUCAAGUCAACCCUCAUCAUCAAAUGAACCAUCUUCAUCACAAGCAAGUAGUGAAGGUGGAAAUGGAGGAGGUGGUGGAGGUGGUGGAGGUGGUGGAGGUGGUGGAGGUGGUGGAGGUGGAGGAGAUGGUGGAUCAGAUCAAAAUGCAUCAUCUGAACAACCAGCCACAUCAUCAGAACAACAACCAUAA